GUUCAGAAAGCGGGUUCACGACAGGAGUUCAGAACACGGUCGACUACAGCACAGUUCAAAGGUGUGGUUCUGUACGGAGCAUUACGACGGUUCAGUGCGGAGUACUGUCAAGUACAGUUGAGACGAACGGCGUCUUGAUCUUGGUCUGUGAUCGAGUCCGACACAACGAGCCCAAGUGUGUGAAGUCAGUCCCGAACUGUUGAACCCAGUGCAAGCCCGGAACGAGACGGAGAGGCCAGUGCAAGACUUGAUACGGCGGAACGGUGUUAUCGGAGAGAUAUUUGUUAUCGCAGAGCUAUUUGUACUGUUCUACGUGCUGCCAAUUGUACAGUAUUGGCUGUUAUUUAUGGACAUUAAACCUUUACGUUAUUUUGGAGCCCUGACUUGUCAAGUUCUUUAAGUUGGUGGUGUAUGGUGCAGUUUGCAGAGAGCCUGGAUAGUGAGAUUCGUAACAAUAUAAAGGAGAAUGACAGAUGAGUUGCUAUUAUUUUUUUUAUAUAAAAUUUUAGCAUUGCUUCAGUGGAUUACGUGAGAACCGUCUCCGUGUAAAAGAUGUGUAGUGAGCGUGCAGUGUGCAGUUGGUGUGUUGCCCUAGCGAAGGGCGUUUAUGCAACUAGAUCUGUUGGACUUUGUUCUAUUUCCUUGUCUCACAUUGAAAUAUUAUAGUAAUGUUUUCUUGUAUAUUUGUAAUUCUAACAUUUGGAUUUAAACCAUGAAUAAGGAUCUCCAGCACUGACUGUAAACGUAGAGAGGACUUGAAGUGCCAUAUCUUCAAUGCCCUGCAUGAACCUCGAAGCUAUAAUAUUCUUUGUUGUAACACAGUUUGAAGAUACGUGUAACAAAGCAUCAGGUGAGAUCUUUAUGGUAUGCAUACAGAUUUACUUUAAGAAAGAUGUCAAUGGCGGCACUAUAAUGAAUCCUUGUUUGUACAUAUUAUCAAGUACAAGAAUUAUAUUCAAAAAUAUCAAAUCUACCAAGAUUAAAUAUAGCUUAGUUUUAGUGAUUAAGUAAUCUAAUCACUUGACUUGUAAGCUGUCCUGCAUUAGCUUAUAUCAGAGCUCAUCAUCGAAACACACCAUGUCAUUAACACAGAGUAAGAUGCCAUUGUUCCACAGAAUUGCUACCUACAGGUCAUUGCCUCUUACUGAAACUGACUUUUACUGCACUAAACUGGCAGAGUGUGGUUACAUUUAUACUGGUCAUGAGCUGGACCUUGAGUGCGUUACUUGUAAAACAAAGUCUAGAAUCUCUGAAAGUUGGCUAGAAACGAAGAAAUAUUUACGUCAUGAAAGAGGCUGUGAAUUUCUUUCCAUUUCAUUUCUUAAUAAUUCUGAAGAUCUUAGAGCUUCCAUCGAUAACAGUGACAUACAUGGUUCUGGGGCAGUGAGUGUUGAUAACUCGACAUCUAUAAACAGUAGUAGUUUGACAGUUGAUGGGGCAACAGGGGUCAGCAGAUCAAGUGCCUCAUCUUUAGACCUUGAUGGUUGCAAUGAAACACUUAAAGCCCAAGAAGCCAUUGCUAGCUCAACGGAUGAUCAGUUUGUAUCUUCAGCAACCUCAUCGCUGUAUAAUAUAGACCUAGAAACCCAAUUCCAUAGAAUUAAAGAGAGAAAUGGUUCAUCAUCCUCUAAAUCAUCAGGAACUAGCUUUGACUCAUCCAUUGAACAUGUUGAUUUCCCACAAAUGUUUAUGUCUGAACAUCUUGAAAUAUUAAAAGAGACAGCCAAUUUAAAUUCAAGUGGCCCAGAAUGUGACAAAAAUCCUGGCCAUUUUGCUUACUUUAAAAUAAAUUCACUUCAAUUGGAACAGAUACCAUCUAAAGUUCGCUGUCAGGAAAUGAUAAAGUUAUUGAAAAAGAUAGGCGAACUUACUGCAAGAAUAUCAGUGCAGCCGUUAAAUGGUCACAGAUCACAUGACAAUAGACAAAUUAAACUGCGCAUGGGAACAGGUUUUAGCAUUCUGCAUAGUAGCCAAGUUAUAAAAACUAAAGAUAAAGAAAAGUUUAAAAUCAAAUCUUCUUUUAAAAAAAUUCUGACUAAAAACAACAAAAAAAGCUUAUAUCAUAUUUACGUUCACACAUCCAGACAUCUUGUUAUGAAUGAUGAAGAAGCUGAGAAAACAGAGGUUGAGUUUUUCUCUGACAGCGCAGAUAGACGGGACAUUGUCAUUCUGAAAGGAUCACAUUUAAUGUACAGUACAACCCCAGGAGACAGCCAAUGCUUAUUAAUAUGUGAAUGUUCAGACAUAAGAUUUAUAGACAAAUUAGAUAAACUACAGAAUGAAUUCCAUGAGGCUGUUAACAGUCUGCCUUUGAAAGCUAAGAAAGGAAUGUUAAACAAAUUGUUCUUAGUUCAUCACCCACAUGGUGGAGACAAAGUUUUAUCUUAUGGAGAUUAUGUCAAAGUGAAAUACAAAUUUAACCCAGGUGGAUCUUCAAACCAACCAACCUUGACUAAACUUAGUGCCCAAGAGCAAGUUUCAGAGAAUCUGAAUCUGUACAGGAAAGUAUUGUUCUAUGCUACUGACACUUGUCCAGGUUCUUGUGGUGCUCCACUUCUGACAUUUAGCCGUAGACCAUCAGUGGACAGUUCAUUGGUACUUGACAUUUGGAUGCACAAUGGAGUAGAGACGACACACAAACUGGGGGCUUCAAUGAUCAAAAUGUGCACAGUGGAGGAUUUCUAUCAGCCACCGCCACAGUCUGAACAUCCUGAGGAGGACAGUGACGAUGAAGGUAGCCUUGCAAAGCAGCCAGUGAACUCACCAGUUUAUAAAGUCAUCACCACUCCCUCAUAUCCAGAGCAUGUCAUGUUUCAGACUCGUCUGAAGAGCUUUGAUAGUUGGAGCUUCCAUAACAUUCUGCAGCCUCAAACUCUGGCUUCAUUAGGCUUCUUCUAUACAGGUAAUCUAGACUGUGUGCGAUGUUUCCAGUGUGGUCUGGGACUCAGGUCUUGGAAACCAGGGGACAAUGUCCUUACACAGCAUGAGAAAUACAGACCAACAUGUCCCUACCUGAGAUCAUUAUCAAAGACUCAAGAAAAUGUUAGUACUGGUGCUGUCGCUGUGCCAGAAAUGAGCAACUCAACCAAUGAAAGCACAACCUUGAGGUUACUGAAAGCAGAACAUACUGCUCUGAAACAGCAGUUGACCUGCAAAGUCUGCUACAAGUCUGAGAUCAAAGAUGUCUUCUUGCCAUGUGGGGAACUCUACGCCUGCAGUGACUGUUCAAAACUUUUAACGCAUUGUCCAUCCUGUAAAAAACAAAUACUGGCCACAAUUACUGUCUAUCUCACUUAAUUCAUGUUGUAAAUAUAGGUCAAGUGAAGCUCCUCCCUCCUCCUAUCUGUGUGUGUUUCAUGUUCCUCUCAGGGUGUUGGCUCUGCGUCUCGUUGGUUGGACUUAGCUCUUUGUUAAGAAGCAUUGUUACAAAUCACAAUGAAUACAAGCAAUACAUUGUUUCUUUUCAAAGAGUCUAGAGAAAAAUACAAUUUAAUGUUAUUAGAAGUAGCAAUUAGAGUCCGAUUUAAAAUGACCAUUCAAAACGGGUUUACCUAAUAAAUUAUUGAUGCACUCGAAUAUCUUAUUAGAUAUCAUUUAACCCUUCAAAGUUACUUUGUAAAAGGUAAUCAAGUUUGUAAAGUUUACUAGAGUGUGCAUAUGAAUUCCAAGGAGUAAUUAUCUUUUCCUUUAAAUGAUAAUAGUAUUACAAUUGUUGAUGUUUUCUUUUUAUGUAUUGAUUAAAAGAGUCUGUGUAGGCAAACAGUUCUACUCAGAAAGCUCCAUGUCCUAUCUGGAAGAGGCAAGCAACUCUAGUUGACAUUGUAAUGAGCUCUUUAGUUUUCCCUUUUAUAUACUUAGCCUUAUUUUUUUUUAUUAUUCUUUGUUCUGUUAAAUUACCUAUAACACAUAAGUCUUUGCCCUUUUCAAGUGUGUAGUACAUUAGGAUUUUAGAUGAUCAAAACUGUUGUUUUUUUUUUUUGUUGUUUUUUUUUCAUUUCUAUAAUUUGUUUUUCUCAUUAAAAUGUAAUUGCAAAUUUUGUCUGACAGAUACUCUUUUAAUAAUAUAACAAUACAAAAUGGCAAUGUCAUAGAUUUUAAUUAAUUUAAUCUUCAUGAACACUAAAACCACUCUUUAGUUUCUGUUCCUUCAUUUUGGUUCUCUCCUUUCAACACACAUUCGCACCGUUCCACAUUUACACUAACAUGUGCACUUAACACCCCCCCCCCCCC